AUGGCACCUCUGCCUUCUCAAAAACGAAAAAUAGAAGACGCUAUGCGUGGAAGGACAGAACGACCGAAGAAGCGCGUUCGCAAACAGAAGGAAUACCAUAGCUCAUCUGAGGAUGCUGAUGAAGCGUCAGGCGAUGAAUUUGCACCCAUCGACCUGGUGGAGUCAGACGAUAAUGCAAGGAAAGAGAGUGUCCCAACCGACAAGCAGGGCAAUAGCACAGACACAUCAAUCACAGGAGGAAGUAGUGAUUCGGAAGAUGAUGCCUCCUCGUUGAGUUCUGACGAAGAGGGAGACGAAGCCGUUCGACCUGGAGAAGAGAAAAGGCCUACGAGCAAGCGGAAUGAUCCCAAUGCAUUCUCAACAUCCAUAUCUAAAAUUCUCUCAACCAAGCUAUCGCAAAGUGCUCGAAAGGAUCCUGUACUAUCCCGAAGUCGAGAAGCUGCGGAUAUCAGCAAUGCAAUCGCCAACGAAAAAUUAGAACGGCGGGCAAAGGCGAAGAUCUGUGCAGAUCGACAAGAGGAAUUGGAGCGUGGCAGGGUGAAAGAUGUCUUAGGGCUCCAAUCGGGAAUGGCAGGAGAAGUUGGAGAGGAGGAGAAGAAGCUACGGAAGAUCGCGCAAAGAGGGGUGGUCAAGCUAUUCAAUGCAGUUCGUGCUGCACAAGUUAAAGCCGAAGAAGCUGCCAGAGAGGCCCGCAAAAACGGCACGGUUGGAUACGCAAACAGAGAGGAAAAGAUAAACGAGAUGAGCAAGCAGGGAUUCUUGGCUCUGAUAAAUGGUGAUUCGAAAACUAAACCCAUCGAUGAAUCGAGGUGA